AUUUAUAACCUAUAUAUGAUUUCCGCGGUUAAAAAUGUUCAUUUUGUAAUUGUUCAAAAUGUAUAAACCAAUUACCGUAAAUUUAACGGGACCAGUAGUCUCAUUCUUAUUCUAUGAAAAUUCGAAAGCACCAAACCUUCAGGAGGGGUUUUUGUUAGGAGAUAUCGUAAAAAAAAAAAUUUCGAAAAUUACAGACCAUGAACAGAUACAGGUGGAAACAAUUGAAACAAUACAAAUAAAUUCUGUGAUACCAUGCCCUCAGAUAAGUUAUUUUUAUGAUGCAGUCGGAAGAGUGAAUUGUCAGAAGCUCAAAGAUUUCUUAGGAUCUCAAUACGAUAAGGUUGUGUCAUGGUAUAUAUAUAAAACUGGAGAAGAUAUACAUUUUACAUUUAGAGAUAAACUAGUUCAUAAAAGCCUGUCGAAUAUCUUUAAUGUUUAUGCAUCAUGUUUUACAACAUGUCUACUAACAAAAGCCACUUCAGAAAAUUCUUCAACACAUUCAUUUGAAACGACAUUUUGGAAACAUAGUGGAAUGAAGUACACUCAGAUUCCAAUACACAUAAGUAAUCUAGGUGAGAAGAAUAAUGCAUAUAAAAGUGAAGGUCCAUCUUCUCAAACCUUCCAAAAUAUAAUUAAACAAAUAAAUGUUGGUGAAAUGAAGUCUAAUGCAAUAUUAAACAUCAAUAAAAUUCACAGUGCCUUGCUCACACAUGUCAACAAAGUAGCUAUUGAAUUGUCAGUGGCAGAGAAACGCUUAUUUGAUUUGGAAAAUGAGAUAGCACAAUUAAAGAAUGACAACAAAAACAAAGUUGGCAGUGAGAACAUGUGUAACAUUUUCAAAGAAAUUAUUGAAAAAGACAAAACUGAGAUAGAUGCAAGUCCAAGUAGGAGGGGCAGGCGAAGAGUAAGACUUCCAACUUCUCCAAAAGUAGAUCAAGCCACACCCUCUAAAAGGGGCAGAGGCAGAUCCAAGAAAGAUUAAUGAUGUGUUACGUUUUUAAAAUUUGUGUUCUGUUAAAUACUUGUAAGAAUAUUAUUUAUAAAAUAUUUUUUCACAACA